AUGAGUCAUGACCUUCUUUUUAAUCCUUCACAAAUUACAAAAUUUAUUUCACCCAGUCCUGAUAAUGUCAACUUUACAACUAUCCCAAAACCUCAAAACGCUUUUAUCCUAUAUCGUAAAAAUUAUGCAGCAAAACAUAAAUCUCUUGGUGGUCAUAAAGAUUGGAGGAUUCUUUCAAAGGAAGCCAGCGUUGCUUGGAAAAGUGAAUCGGACAAAUUUUCAACGUCACCUUAUCUAUGCCCUUCUUCUUCUAGUUGUAAAAAUGAUAAUUCAAAUUUAUCAUCUUCCGCUAUUUUUCUUCCAUGUUCUAUUUCGUCCGAUAAUACUCUUCCUAUUAAUUAUGACAACAACAUCAUCAAUAAGACUAAUGCUAUACUCCAAUCCGCCCGAUUUAACGAUUUAAAUGGCAAAAAUCUCUUAGAAGGUUUUCAACAAUACUUACAAACUGAACAAACGGAUACACAAUUAUAUGAGAAUUGUUUGGAUUUAUUGGAUUUUUGUCACAAGGAAUUAAAAUAUGAAAAAAUGCAAAAUAGCAAUAGCAAAUAA